CUGGAUGUUUAUGUUAGUUUGUUUUGGAGUUUGGAGCUUGGUGUUCAAUGUUGCUCGAUUUUCUUAUGCCUUAAAUGCAAUUUAAUUUUUGAUGUUCAAUGGAUCGAAACGCCAAAAUCACCGCUGCUUGUUAACGAUUAACAACAAUACCACCACCAUGUCACUUCCAAAAGGAGAUUCAAAUCUCACCCUUCGCAUACGCCAUAUGCCCCGAGAUUUUUCUGAUAGUGACAAAUUGGAGUUCCUUCAACAUUUUGGAGCUGUUUCUAUUAGAAGUGUCUGCAUUGGAGGGAAAAACAAUGAAGCUGUCUUUGCAAAAUUUCCGACGCCUUCAGCAGCUAAAGCUGCCCUCUUACGCUUGCAUCAAAUGGAGGUUUUAGGCUGUCAUCUCACUGUAGAGUAUUCACACAGUAUUAUUCCAUCUUUUUCUGAUCAACAGGUAUCAUCAUCUGAUAAAGGUGACAUUCGACCAGAAGAAGACAACAGGCAAAGGAUGCAAGACCAAUUCAUGCGACGCCUUGUUUCAUGGAGUAGUAGAUUAAAUCUUUCUCAACCACCACCAAGCCAUUUGCACUAUCAGUAUCCUCCUCCGACGCCUGCAACUCUGUCUAACAUAAGCAGAGCUUUGUCAAUGCAUCCCCGGUUGUAUACUCAACUGUUGCAUUUAAUGAACCGUAUGAAUUUACCCCCACCCUUUCAAGAUGGAUCAAGGCUAAAGUCCACCUGUAAUCAAGAAACACAAACUGAAAUCAUAUGGGUACAUAAGUCAAGUAGUGAAUCUGAAAUGGAAAGUGAGGAAGAACAAAUCAUAGCUCAUCCUAAUACUUCAAUACUGAAACGAAUGCUUCCUCGAAGACAAGUUAGGCCAAUAAAACGACCACAUUUUAUCAAGCCCGCCGUACCCAGUGAAAUGUCUUCGUCAUCAUCCAAUAUGAAGGCUGAAGAAGUAUUUGAAAAGGCAGAAACUUGUGUUCUGCCUAAAAAAAUUGAGCUGCGCUUGUGUGGAUCAUUGCCCCUUGAAAAAGAAGAAAGUGAAAAUAUUGUUAGUUCCAUCCCAACUUGUUCUGAUCAACAAGGUGGGUUUGGUAUUAUGCACCCACCUAUUAAAUCCAAUGAGAGUCUGGAGGAGGUUCAAGCAAAAGAAUCAGACUGUUUGGAAGAAACUGGCAGUACAAUCACACUUGAACAACUUGCCUCAAACAGAGUCCCACAAAAAGAUUUACAGGUUUUGCCUGUUUUUAAAAACUAUUCUCCUGGUGUGCCCUCUUGUCGCUUGUAUGUUAAAAAUAUAUCAAAGCACGCAACUGCUAGAGAUUUACAUUUUAUCUACCGUCGUUACUCAAAAGUUCCGGAACAAGAUUGCGAAGGACUGGAUAUUAAUAUCUUUGAUGUGCGUUUGAUGACUGAAGGUAGAAUGAAAGGCCAGGCUUUCAUUACACUCCCAACACAAAAUCUCGCUGAACAAGCACUUCUUGAAACAAAUGGUUACAUUCUUAAGGACAAACCACUGGUUGUGCAAUUUGCAAGGAGUGCUCCAGCCCCUGCAGCACCACUAAACACAUUGUAAUGAAAGAGAAACGAAAACCCUGUGCAAAUAGGUGUCUAAGAAAACAAGUUACAUUUCUGAGUGUUAUUUUGAAUUUAUUCAUAUUAUGGCAUUGGCAAUAUUGGUGCUCCAGCAGCAGGCUACAUCAGUAAGGAUUGUGAACAAUCAUUAUAGCAAUCAACAUGUUCAAUUCUAAAACUUUUUAGUUUUAAUCAAGUGCAAUUUUUGGAAUGAAAGCUGUAUUAUUACACUUACGCAAAUGCUAUAUACAUGAUAAAUCCAGAAAAAAAGAAAGAAAAAGAAAAAACUUAGUACCAUUUGGCAGUCUCAAAAUAGCAAUGUGCUGAUAAGACUGCCCGCACUUUAAGUACAUAUUCUAAUGUUGUUGUUUUUUUGUAAUUAAAAGUUGGAAACAUCAA